AAAGAGAAAAGAGGCGAAAAUAUGCCCCGUAAGUUAGGGUAAUUAAAGCUAUGAAGGUGUGUUUCUAAACCGGAACGUAAAAGACAUCAAAAGAGACGAUAGCACGCUAAUGAAAAGAAAUAUCAGUUUUUUUGGGACCUUGAAAUUCUAGGACGAGGACGACCACAAAAUGACGAUCGAAAAUGAUAAAACCUCUUACAUUUGAGAUCUUGUUUCAGUCACUACGACUUUCUCCAGCGCUAAAAUUCAUAGUAAAGAUGAUUUUACACGAGACGAUUCGCAACGGCGAUUUUUAGCGCAACACAGCGUUGCAACAUUGUUGCGACGUUGUUUCGAAUGGUUACAACACCAACAAGUCGCGAUUUGCAGCAUUGCAACGCUGUGUAGCGUUAAAAAUAGUAUUUGCGAAUCAUCCCGUGUAACAUCAUCUUACAAUGACGACGGCUACUACGUUUUCCCGCCAAAAUCAUGCUGGCUCACGCACCUGCACUCCUUAGUAUUGAGAAAAUCUCUUCCUCGUCGAAAAGGUCUCUCUUACUUACUUAUUCGUGAAUCAAGUCAGAUGACAUCUUCAGUGAAUAAAAACAAAGCUUUUUUCUUUUGUGUUCUCCUUUCUGUUGACAGGAAAGGUAUUCAGCUGAAUUUUGGCGAUACAAUAUCGUUAGACAUGUACAAGGUGUUCCUCCAAAUUCUUUCUCAAGGAGUGGUGUGGCUAGCAAUUCUUUUACUUAUCCUGAUGUCCCUGCUGCCUGACAUUAUAUUCAUGUUGUUCGGCCGUCAUUUUAAUCCAUCAGAGACGCAGAAAGUGCAGGUAACUAUGACAGCCCAUCUGAAGAAACUAUAGUCUGUGAUGUUUUGAGUUGUUGCUCUAGCCUGUUCCAGUCGUUCAUAUUGUGGGGAAGACGCAAAAAAUAAGAGCAGUAAAAAAGGCGAAGGGGUGGGGUAGGGGGUGAGAGCAAACUCUCCAGCCUCCCUCUCUCCCUAAUUUUUUCCGCUCUCUGUCCUCACAUCGCACUCCACUAUCUGAACGCCUGGCACAGGCUAUUGUUGCUCAGAAUUAGCCUACGUGCAAGCUCUCCGAGGCGCUCUGGCGUCGGGGCUGGAAAAGGAAGGACAGUUUGAAAAUACGUCUCUGAAAUUUGAGUAUCUGCAUCGAAAAAGUCGAUGCGAAAUGAUGAUUGGCGGAGAUGACAUUAGUAAUGACGUCAUUAUCCUUGGCACGUGCCUUUCAAUGUUUGUUUACAUUCGUGUUCGUUGCUGCUUCGCGCUGAUUGGCGGAAAUCUGACAGUUCAGUCGAAGGCAAGCCACAGGGAAAUUGGAGGUGGAAUUCAAUUCCAGAGACGUAGUUGCAAGCUCUCCUUCCUUUUCCCGCCCCGCCGCCAGAGCGCCCCGGGAAGCUUGCUCGCAGGCUAGCGCAGAAUUCAUAGACCCUUCCACGGUUUUUUUCUUAAAAGUCAUUAAUGAGGAUAAUUUUACAAAAAUCUGUCGACACCGCAGAAAUGAGCGCCUUAACAUUGGUAAACGCGUCAAGUUUGAAAGUGAUGCGUCUAAAGCGAGCAUGACCCCCCCCCCCAGAGUACAAACGUCUGUCGUUUUUUGGCGAAACUUGGCAAUCUCAUUAUUUCAUUAGGCUCUCUUUUAAUCUUUGUCGACGGAUUUUCACUAACUGUUGGAAAAAAAAAACGACCUUGGAAAGGUCUAUUUGGAAGAUCGUAGUGUUAAUGGUCCGUAUUUAAGUAUCGUUGCGUAUAGUUCUAGGGGGGCUCUUAGUGGACAUUCCUUCCCUUCGUUGCUCUCGUAACCUCGUUCCCAGAAAACGAGAGUGUCCCUGGAAACGAGGAUUUCCCUCUCGUACCAAUGGUCGCUCCUAUAGUACUUUGACCCAGCUCCAAGUCGUUCGUUUCAGUGCGAAUUACCUUGAAACAAUUUAACUUAUUCGAACCUGUGUAAGUGGGGUAUAAUUCCACGUCAUUUGACUUACCAGCAGAACGUUCAGCUUGUGUUUGCUUUCUAAUUCAAAUUGAAUAAUUCCAGUGAGGUUUAAUUAAUAAUAAUGUCAAUAUGAAAAUAUAGAGAAACCCCAAAUCUGGUAGUGGUAGAAACUGCAAGUUGCCUUUUGUACAUAAAGGUGUCUGCUUACUUCACGUUUUCUUACAAAGGACCGUAGUUACCAAAUAACUACGUAAAAUCUUUAAGGCCAGGCCUCGGUUGUUCAAAGUUGGAUAGUACUGUCCAGUGCCCACUGGAUAAAUCUCUAUCUAGUGGAUAACACAAUUGUUUGCGUAACACUUACCCACUGGAUAGAGAUUAAUCCGGUGGAUAGUGUUGUCUACCUUUUAAACAACUGAGGACUGAACAAUAGACCUAAUUCACAAUACCGGUCGUCUUUGCAAGUACGUAGGUGUUUAUGGGAUAAGAUCAAUGACACGUGGUCUGCAAGAUUUCUACGAUUUCUUUUCCUUUUUGCGUUUGUCAGGCGAGCGUAGGUAAGUACAAGACGAGAAAGAGUGAUUCACGCCUGCGCUCACCUAAAAAAUGCAAAAAACACCUCUACUGCAGGCUAUCGUUGUUGCAUGUGGCCACCUUCACCCGUAGCAUGCCAAGAUCGUCUUCAACAGCUGCCCCCGCCCCCGAGAAAUCACGUGUCAUUGCUGUUAUCCCAUCAGUCCUUACGCGCGUGAAGAUAGCUGUUACUGUAAUAAGAUGUGUUUAACAGUAGUACCUUGAUUGAUCUUGCCACUAACUUCUGAGUAUGUCAGUAUAAAUCCUACACGAAAAGCUUCACUUUCCUUUAUGCGGUUCAUUGUGUUCUGCAAUAUGCAUUUUAAACUCAUUCCAUCCUUUUAUACAUGUGGUUUAAUUGUCGUACAUAAGAAAUAAUUUUUUGAAGUACUUUUUUCAAUAAGGCCGGUUAUUCGAAGGUUUGAGUUUGUGGUUAAAGUUUACUGAGUCGUAAUGUGCUGUGAGUCGUUCGUGUUGUUAUCAGUUAUUGUUUUUUAAGUGUUAGAGUUAAAAGUCGAACAAGGUUAAUAUAAAUUGUUUCCCGCUUUAAAUAACCCGUCUGUACCGCACGAAGAGUCAAGAAAUGCCGUCAUCUAAACUUAACAAAUGGUCCCAUUUUUCGAGUUUUGAAUCUUCGCCGAAUCGUAGUCGUCGUACAACGUUCGUCGAGCGUGCCCAAAUUCUUCUGCGUGGACAACGUCUUCGACUUCAUCGUCAAAAAGGUAGAGUUUUGUCGCAGCUUCUUAUCUAAGUUCAAGCUUAUUAUCCAAUAAAUGCACCUUAAGUAGUGUUAAAGCAAUAAAUACAGGCUAUAGACUCUUUGCACUCCCUUUUCCAAAUGAUUUGACCCUGGAGUCUGCCUGAGAUGUGCUCCGCCUGCUACUUGUGGUAGCUGUGGAUCAAUUAUCAUGCUGACUGUGCAAAUGGAAGCUGUUAAGCCAAUUGGUCUUUAUGUUACUCUACCAGCUGAUUUUACGGCAUCUUUUUAAGUCCUUGUUUGCAUAAUCGUCCAUGAGUGUAUGAUGAGAGCAUGAUGAGAGAAUCACCACUGAGCACCGAUGCAUACAUUCUUGUAGUUUUGUUUAAUUCCAGUAUUUUUUACGAAUUGUGUAAUAUUGGUCAAUCUUUGAAUAUUAAUUAUACUCUAAUGUUGCACCAGUAUUUUUUCCUGAUUGAAUUUCCGCUCUGUGAGAAGCCGGGGCCUUGUUCUUCAAAGCAGGCGUAGCCAUUAUGACUGUCAAAUGUUGACGAACACUACAACUUCACGUGAAUUAUUCUAUUACACACUUUAGGUUGACUUUUCAUAAAGAUAAACAGCGAGAACGCUUUUAGACAAGAAACUCGGAGGCUGUGAGUGAAUUGUUAAACACGAUGGAAAAUUGUUGUCAAUUUGUUAAAUACGUUUGCAUUAUACCCUGCUUUUCAACACCUGGGCCAUGGUUCAGUAUGCAUUUACUGCUACUGUAGUAAAUUUGUGUUCAUAUUGAGUAUUAUGUGUUUUCAGGCCAUCGAGGGUGAGCAGAGCACGGGGGUGGUAGUUACCUCGUACGUAAGGGCUAUGAGUUGGGAUACUGCGGAUCCGCAGUCCACGGAAAGCGACGUAUCCAUGAUCGACCUCUCGGAGUAGCAAACACAGAUUGCUCAAGAUAACCAACCAGUGAAUGAAAAAUGAAUCUGCUAGCAUUUGUAGUCCUUUUAUGAGUGUGAUUUUGUUAAAACACCCAUUCAAGCUACACUUGAUCUUGUGAAGCGUAGAUUUAGAAAUAAGAAGCUAUAACGUCAUUUGAGGGAGAUCCCAAUGCAAGUCCCAUUUGGGGCUUAUGGAUAUUUUUGGACAUUUACGUAGCUGGUGUGGUGGCUGGCGUUUUAAGGACAUGAUAGUUUUAAAAUGAGUAGUAUCUAUGUUAAAAUUGAAUUGUAGAGAUAUAAAUAUAAUAUUGAUAGGGAGUAAACAAAUAUUUCGUAUUUUAGACACUUUGUCCACAUCAAAUAUCACUUUAAGAAGCAUUAUAAUUAAAGCGGAAGCUGAAUACAUCUUGUAUUUUCUAUACAUUUAUAAUAAUGACGGUUCUCUAACGGAAAUAAAUCAAUUAGAUGUAAUGAUGGCUUCUUCCUUUGUCUGAUAGCUUGUUGCCUUAAGCUUUUUAAUAAUCUAGAGAAGGUACCCAUAAGGUACUAAUGUUUGUUCGGAUGACAAUCAACAUCUGCCUGAAAACUUAAUCCACGGCCAUGAUGUUGGCUUAUUGGAUGUUCUCAUUUUCUUUCUCUUUCUCUUUCCUCUUUUUUCGCGGCCUUUGUUUCUCUUUUGUUGAUGUUUUCUUUGAAUCUUUCUUUUUUAACGCUACUUCUUUUCAGCAGCCAUAUGAAAAUAUGAAGUUUUUUGUUAUCAAAUCUUGCGACCUAUUCUUGGUGUCCUGCUUUUAUCGAGUGAUUCAAAAUGGUUCACUCUUAAAUGGCUAACAAAGAUGAAAUUCCAGCUCGGAACUCCUUAACUUUAACCUUAUAAUCCCUUUCGUCACUGCUUGCCUGUAAUACGAGGUUGUUUCUGUCAAGGCUCAUCGCACGAGGCGCAGCAGUGUUGUCUUUAAUGCAAUUUUACCCGAGGAGAAUAGCUGCACAGAUUUCAGGUACUAUCACUGAAACACCAUUAAUAUAAUCGGCACUUAGAUGAACCCGGUACACAGCUUGCACUCAUUAAUAGAGUUGUCCUCAUCACUAAAUCUUAUGCAAACUCAAUAAAGCAUUCAGUCGAAGGAAUCUAAUCAGUAUUGCACGUUUAAAUACUUUUUACGUUUAACGGACAAGAUAAGAGGCGAUCAAACGCACUUUUCCAUUGUCAUAUUGGUACUUUUCCUUAUUAUUUGAGGGAUUUGUUAGGCACACUUCGGCAAGCGUCGUCGUGGGUUACGAGACAGUGAGGAAGGCGAGCCCGAAGACAAUUUGUGACGUUCUGACUUUCACGAAUCACUAAGUGUAAAUCUGUAUCACAAAAAUGCCAGCUGCUCUUAAAUUUGCAUGCCACUGAAAGUGACUUCACCCUCAAAUCUUGGAAGCGUCUUUAAUAACAACAAGGAUAUUCAUUUUUUCCCGAAGUACACUCGAGCCUUCAAUCACACUUGAAAGACUAUCGCUAAUCGUGGGUUCAACACCCUAUUAAGUUAAAUUUGUAAUUGUUUGUUUGUUUGUUUUUCAAUAUUGCUCGGAAAUAGCAGAAUCAUUCUUGUUCCGGAAGUUACUUAAUCAAAGUAGUGCGCAUGUUCAGUUAUCUCUUCGUCGUCUACUAGACAGCACUGUAAUAAUAAUUAAAACAGUACGCAUGUUCAGUUUGUUUCUACUUCGUCUACUUGGUGCACCUUAAUAAUAGUACGCGUGUUCAGUUUGUCUUUUCGUCGUCUACUAGGCAGCACUAUAAUAAUUAAAGCAGUACGCAUGUUCAGUUUGUUUCUCCUUCGUCUACUUCUCUCCCCCGUAAUAAUAAAAACAAUGCGCAUGUUCAGUAUGUUUCUACUUCGUCUACUUGGCUGCACCUUAAUAAUUGAAGUAGUAAGCAUGUGCAGUUUGUCUUUCCUUCGUCUACCUUGAUGCACCUUAACUGCACCGUAAUAAUUAAAGUAUUGCGCAUGUUCAGUUUGUCUCUCUGUUGUGUACUUGACUGCACCUUAAUAGCUGAGCUGUUUAACUUGUAAAUGCCAUACUAUUAAGCUGCUGUCCUUCUGCUGCACUUAGUCCUUAAUUAUCGACGCUCUAAUAAAGCUGUCUCUCACUUUCUUUGUAGGUGAUAGGAAGUUGUUUGCAGGACACAUGGUUGUAGGCUUACAUGUGGUACCCUUUGGAAUUCCUCAUCUUUGUUGCCCUGUUUUCCUCUUCCGCCGUAGCACUGUGGAUAAUUCUACUCUCAUCUGAGACGCUCUUAGAUUUACUUCUAGAAGCACUAAGACCAUUUUACUAAGAAUAAAAUGAAAAAUAUAUCAGAAAAUCCAAAGUAAAAGAAAACAUAGCACCGCGCGAAACCACUGUCAAGGAGGCAACGUUUGAGUGCUUGCCAGACUCAAAAUGUCAUUUUAAAGAGAAAAAAGGGCACACUGAGUGAUAUUUCGCCCCUUCCCUCCGUUCAGGUUAAACUUUAGUGGCGCAGCCUGCAGAACGUCAGGCGCUAUUUUUACGCGUUUUUCAGGCGAGCGCGAGGCAAGCGAGGCGGGAGAAGGCUAUUUUUCCACGCUUUUCAUCAUAGCGCGUGACUAGCGCUUCGAGCCUUCUUCGCACUUGCCUUUGCCCGCCUGAAAAACGCGAAAACAUAACGCCUGCUUUGUAGGCUACUGGUGACGCUUUCGCAACGGUGGAUUUUUAGGCUACACCAAGCUAUUUUUAAGAUCUCUUCUUUUUGAUGGUAAACGAAAAGCAAGACAACCAUGCAAAUCGCUGUCAACGUGACCAGCAACUGAGCUUACGGUUUUGCGUUAAGUGUUUUUUUAGUUCUCUUUGUAGCAGCUAGUUUAAAGGUUUCCUGCAUGAAAGCAAAACACAAAAGUCUUGAGAUAUACUCACUUUAAUUUGUUCCUUUGAUAAUGUUGGAAUAAGUUCAUUUCAAACGAGAAUAUUCCUUAAAACUCAUAGAACGCGACUGUAGCCAGUCUAUUGAUCUUAAUGACUUAGCAAAGUUUUUCGAAGUCUUUUUCUAUUUAUAGUUGUCUAUUAAAAGUUCAUCCGAAAAGAAAACUGCUGGCAAAGACAUGAGGCCUUUCGAAGGGGAGGGGGAAGGCUGUCACUUUGUUGGUCAUUUCUGAGACUGCCUGUCGCCUUGUAGAUUAGGAAAAAAUGUCGCUGUCGUAAUUUAGCCAAGAAGAAAUUGUCCCUUCGGUUCAGCAUAAAUUUUUAUGAUACUCAGUUUUAAAUAUAGCGCCUGAAAAGAAAAUUGUUAUUAACCUUCCUCCCUGGAUAUACUGUUCUUCAAUAAUGCCAACAUUAGAAAACGGUUCAAAGAAAAUAACAGAAAAUGCGUGGAAAAACGGACGAGAGAUUGUGAUUUAACUGUCAAACAGCCAAAAUGUAAAAGACAUCAAAUGUCGCUUUCGCCAUUUAAAAAAUGAAUUGUCGCUGUCAGAAUUCUUUCCUCCUUUUCUGUCGGUUUUCGGUGGUUUCUGAGAAGAUUGUCGCAAGUUUUCGGAGCCAUGUCGCCUAUCGCUUCCACCCCUUGGAAGGCCUCAGACAUUAGGUACAGGGAAUAAUGUUAAUUAGUAGAAUUUUUAAGAGUAACAAUAGACUUGUUUUUGUAAAAUUUGACAAAAAAAUCUAGCGAAGCCACCUUCUGCCCUUUUAAUAAAUACGAAAAUUUUGACCUUUAGCGUGAUGUUAUUGAGUUGUGUCGCACAUAAACCAAACUACUUUAUUACACCGUACUUUUUCCCUCCUCGUAAUCUUAAAUUUAUUUUUGGGUUGUUCGAUGUCAACAUUAGGGAAAGAAAUAGAAUAUUUCUGAUAGUAGACUAAAAGAUCAUUGCACGGUAUAAUUUCAUAACUCAUUCGAACUCACUCAUAGUCAGUGGGGUCGUUAAAUCCACCUACUUGUAAGACUCGGUGGACUGCACUGUUUUGGAACUCACCCAUCUUGCAGCACCGUAGCAAAGUCUAUUUAUUUUCUUCAUAUGAGCGAUAAAAGAGUAAGAAAAAUAUUUAUUCAUGAGUAGACCCCUAUUGAGAGACACUUAACUCAAUCAGCACAAAAUAUUAAGCAAAAAUGACAUUGAAACGUUUGCAGGGAACUUUGCACAGCGUCAUAAACAAAACCACAGUACGAAAUGAGGACAAUCCUGAAAUUUUAAUUGGAUGGCUGAAAAUAAUCGAUUUGAAUACCCCCAGUCCUCAUAAAUAGUUUAUUGGGCUUACCAUAUCCCUAUGAGUAGUUAGCUUCUCGCGAUCGAGCUCGGUGAUCAUCCCGGUCCCAGCCCCCCUCUCCCCUCUGAAAUAACAUACUAAUUAACAACAAGGGCUGAUGCGAAGGGGCCUGGACCAUGUUUGAAACGAGUCAUUUUCACGAUGACGACCUGUGACUCCAACCAACAGAAUUCAUGCGUGUAGCUAACUGUACGCCACUGCGCAUGUGCGUACCUGAAAACGUGUCGAAGAUAAAGAAAAACAAAUUCGAAAAACAAACAAAGGAGUCAAAAUUUUUCGUCUACUUUGAAGACUGGAAUCUUGAACAAAACCUAAUGAAAAAGUAAUCCUCCCAUCACCCUCUUCCUCUCAAAAUCAGGGAUUAAGCCACGCAAGGACCUAAACGCACCAUUUUUCCAACCUUGAACUGGGGAGAGGAACGUGCGGUCGAAAUGUUACACGGCUUUUUUGUCCAAGAUUGUAGUUUUCUUUGUUACUCGCUGAAACUCUUUUUUACCAUUCUUUUAAACAAAAGAGUGGCACGGAACGGCUCCUGAUAAAGUUAUCUUUAAACGGGACAGGGAAAGAUAAACUUGAACCGCUACAGAAGACUUUGCUUAGUUUAGCCAGUUUUCGUGCAUGGUUUUAAUUUGGUAAAAUUUGUAACGCUUGUUUUUCUUUUACAAGGCCGAGUGGAUUCCGGCGAACAAACACAAGAAGAGUACUGUGUCACACUUCAGUGAGACUAGUAACAUGAAGACUCGUGUUUCUAUCGUGAUGUUGGAUUGUGAGCAGGACAGUACUGUCACGCUAACGAAGAUCUCGCGGUAAUCUACAAGGAGUGUACCGCACGCCUCAUUGAAGCAGUAAUCCUUAGUACAUACGGUUAAAUAUAAUAACGUCCGAUAUGAAGAGUGAAUUGUACAUAGAGUCCUUAAAAAUGUGAGGAACGUGGAUUCUAAUAAGCUGCAUAUUAAUGAGCGUACAGUCGACUCCCGAUAACUCGAACCUUCAAGGGAAACCGAACACAGUUCGAGUUAUCGGGAGUCGACUGUACCUCUGUUCCGUUGGAACUUGUGACAACCCAUUGAAACAAGCAACAUGACUACUCUCAAUUCUUAGCACGGCAUUACUGUCAAUCUAACGAAGAUUUCUCAUUAAUCUACUACGACGCACAUUUCCAACCACCCAUGAGGAAAGAUCACGCACAGCGCCUGCGCAACAAGAUAAAAAUCUUGUUUUGUUGUCGUUGUUGUUGGUGGUGUUUUGCUCAAUUGUAGCUUGCAUUGUGGCAUUGAUUUUUCGAAGCUGCCUGAGUGAUCCCAACUCCCUUCUGUCCCAUUUAGGAGCACGCCCACAGUGAAAGAUUCUGGUAACUUAAAGGGUCUAUAUCACUUUACUUGCUAACUUUUGAAAACAGCUAAAACGUGCCUUUGCAUCAAUUGAAUUUUAAAGAAAUGGUCCAGUUUUGUCACAGAAGACUGUAUUUAUACAUUGAAACUGUUUCCUGUUGUCUGUUGCUACGGAUGGACGUCAUGGUUUAAGUGUGUUCCGUAACGCUGACAGUGCUUGUCAUAAAAUAUACGUCAAUAAUCUUGGAAAAAUACUGACGGCUGGAAUUUCCUGACAUUGACAGGAUCCUAGACUUUCCCAAAAGUUUUCCCUCUUAUUAAAAGUGCGCUCCGCUCGGUUUACAGCGUGAGGACGACUUGUAGCAAAUCUAAUUUGCGUCCUGGCCUUUUUCGAAAACCAAGUCAAUGAAAACAACCUGUUGCAAUUUGUUGAUGUGUGUAACUGUGGUGCUUUAGAUAAAUAAUAUCAAGGUACCUUAAACUAAAGAAUAAUUGCACAUACUAUUUAUUGACAGCAACUCUUUUGGCUGUUUUUAAGCUAGAUAUAACCAGGGCCCGUUCCUUGAAAGGUCCAGUAACUUUCUGGGCCCGAACAAAUCAAAACCUAGAAUAUUAGCACAAUUCCUAGCGCACAAACUAGUCAUUUUUGCUUCGUUAACUGAUAAAUGAUAAUUUUAUUGUAUCAUUUUCAAAAUUGGUGAAAAUUUAAUCUUGAAUGCAAACACGACAAACAUAAAACAGUUUUCCGUACCCGAACCGUUACCGGGACACUCAAGAAAGGGCCCCCAGGAGUCGAUAACCGGCUCCUUAUAUAAUACCUCGAGAUAUAUUUACUGACUUCUAAUAUAAUUACCCGUGGUAAUAGUAAUUAUAAAGACCGUUAUAUAUUGUAUUCUUUCAAGAAUACAAUUAAUUUUUAUUUAUUAGUGAUACAUGAAAAAAUAAACUUUUUAUACGUUUAUGUUUACGCAUAUUGUACAGAACUGAUUGAAUGUUGCAAAUGACAAUGGUUUCUAAAGUAUGUUUCAUCACAGGUAGCCCA